AACAAUUAGAGUUUGUUGACUUUUGACUGGAAUUUACGUACCCGGUUUCAAUACUCAGUUUCGCCUUUUUUACGAAUUAGUAUUUUUCAUGUCUUGAAUUUGACGGGUUCUUCUAUUGCAGCGUGGCGCAUCCCGCAUUGAACGUCACGUAGCACGUCCGAUAUCAGAUCAGUGGAGGUGGUUCAUGUUUGAAUUUGAGUAAACUUAUUAAACUUGAGUGUUCCUAGGAUUUAGUUUUAGUAACAUUACCUGUUCGGAAGUGUCGAGGCAGCUUUUCAGAAAUCAUUUCUUUUCAGAAAUGAUCAACAAUAAAGGUAUUGAAAAGAUUUGCUGUUUGGGUGCCGGAUAUGUUGGUGGACCUACCUGUAGCAUUAUAGCUUUGAAAUGCCCUGAAAUAAAAGUUACUGUAGUUGAUCUUAGUAAAGAAAGAAUUGCCCAAUGGAAUUCCAAUAAAUUACCUAUUUAUGAGCCUGGAUUAGAUGACGUGGUUAAGCAAUGCAGAGGUAAAAAUUUAUUCUUUUCAAAUGACGUGGAAGCUGCCAUUUUGGAAGCAGAUCUCAUUUUCAUAUCUGUGAAUACUCCAACGAAGACUUUGGGAAAUGGAAAGGGUAGAGCUGCAGACUUGAAGUAUGUGGAAGGAGCAGCUAGGAUGAUUGCAGACAUAGCACAGAAUGAUAAAAUAGUCGUAGAGAAAAGUACAGUACCCGUAAGAGCAGCUGAGAGCAUAGCUAAAAUUUUAGGCGCCAACAGGAAACCUGGAGUGUCAUACCAAAUACUAUCCAAUCCAGAAUUUUUAGCGGAAGGUACAGCAGUUAAUGACCUUCUCAAUGCAGAUCGAGUUUUAAUUGGAGGAGAUGAAACACCGGAAGGCCAAUUAGCCAUUGAAAAAUUAUGUAGUAUUUAUGAGCAUUGGAUACCUAGGAAAAAAAUCUUAACUACCAAUACCUGGUCUUCCGAACUUUCAAAGCUUGCAGCCAAUGCAAUGUUGGCACAAAGAAUUUCUAGUAUUAAUUCAUUGUCAGCAGUAUGUGAAGCUACCGGAGCAGAUGUAUCAGAGGUAGCGAGAGCAGUCGGAUUUGACUCGAGAAUUGGAUCAAAAUUCUUGCAGGCUUCCAUAGGUUUUGGUGGGAGCUGUUUCCAAAAGGACAUAUUGAAUCUGGUCUAUAUCUGUGAGUGUUUGAACUUACCUGAGGUGGCGUCUUAUUGGCAGCAAGUUAUUGACAUGAAUGAAUAUCAGAAGUCGCGGUUCACAGCCAAAAUAGUGCAGUCGUUGUUCAAUACAGUGAGCGGCAAGAGAAUAUGCAUUUUAGGAUUUGCUUUCAAGAAAAAUACUGGCGACACCAGAGAAAGUCCUGCCAUUCAUAUAGCUAAAACACUCCUUGAUGAAGGUGCUUCAUUGAAGAUAUAUGACCCCAAGGUUGAUCAUGAUAGAAUAUAUGAAGAUCUCACCCAUCCUAUGAUAUGUGAGGAACCUGAGAGAGUGAAAAAACAAGUUUCUAUUCAUCAAGACGCUUAUUCAGCUGCUGAAGGUACUCAUGCCCUAGUUCUCUGCACAGAAUGGGACGAAUUCAUUACUUUGGAUUACAACAAAAUAUAUGUGAACAUGAUGAAGCCUGCUUAUAUUUUUGAUGGACGUAAAAUAUUGGAUCAUCAAUCACUAAUAGACAUUGGAUUUCAUGUUCAAACUAUUGGACGUAAACUUCAAAGACCCAUAUCAAACAGAUGCUGGAGCAGCAAUCCUACUAUGAGUUGAUAAGGAAAAAGUAUCUCAUAAAUAUUCAUCUCUUCAAUUGAAUCCCUAGUAAUUUGAUGUACUUAAUUUUAUAUUAUUGCCGCAUAAUUUUUCAAUUGACUCUAUUCAUAGGUAUUUUUGCUUUUGUUAUGGUGAUUAUGGACAAUUUUUGCAUUAAUAGUAGAAUUUAUUGCAGUUAAAGGAAAGCAAAUUUAAAUUUUAUCACACAUCUGCAUAAGUAAUGAGUGACAAAAGAUAUUGGGCUUAUAUCUCAAUCUUGAGUUUUCUCAAUCAGAUAUUUAUCACAACAAGAUCCAUUUUCUUUUAGUCAACGAAAUCGAAAUUCAACAAAUUCAUUCACUACACAAAAUAUUGUGAUUUUCAUCAAUAGAUGAAUUCGAUCUUUUUUUUAUUCUGACAUAUCCAUUCCUUGAUUUUAAAACAGGCCAACUUAAACACCAUACCAUUUUUAGGUCUAAUUCUAAGCUUGAUGUCCUUGCUUGAAAUGCGCAUGCCUUCAGACCUAUUUUGACGCCCAAGUCAACCCCUUAAAACACUAUGCCCUUUUCAUGUCUAUUUUUGGGUCUGGCGGUCUGAAUAAGUUCAGGCCUAUUUUUGACUCCUAAGUCGGGUAUUCUUCUUCCUAAUUUGAGUUAUGUCAAGUUCAAGAAAUAAAAAUUGUGUUAGCGAACCUGAAAUUUCAUGAAGAAAAAUUGAACUAGGUUAUUUUAAAUAGCUUAGAAAUAACCCUUAAAAUGCAUAGUGUAAUAAGGUUUGACAUAGUGAUGUAGUGAUAGUAUGUUCGUGACAGAAAAUUUUUAUAAACCACCAAAAUUCUAUUGGUUCAGAAUAUAUUUUUCGGAGAAUAAAUGGAAAUAUAGUGACUCGAAUGCAAGGGCCUACUAAUCAUGAAGAAAAUUGAUUUUAUUCCAAAAAAAAUACUGCAAGCAGCUGUGGUAUCGUAAUUUGCAAACGGUAUUUUUCAAUAUAAUUUUGUGUAUGAUUUUUAUUUACUCGAUUCCUUCAUACUCUAAAUUUCAUUCCUCAAAAUAUUGUAUGAAUUCCAAGAAUAUGAUUGCCAAUGCAGUAUUGUGUUAAUUGUCUGAUUUCUAUUUUCGCAUUGUCAGUAUUUAGAAUAAAUAAUCUUCAAUUUCCCCGUUCAGAGGAAUUAUGGUUGAGUUUCCAUUUUCAUUAUGGAUGCAAUCUCUCAAAGAGUAUUAUAACUUUCAUUCCACUUAUUGGCACUCAUUUACGAAUUAUUCAUAAUGUAUUUAUUCGUACAUCACAUAAUGUAUUUUUAUAUAGUUGAAGUCAAAUAAGUAUUCAUUCUCUUUGUUAAAUUAUGGAGAUGCUCUUAUGUAAAUUAUAAUUUAUUUUAUUCUAUAUCCAUACAUGUUUUAAAUUUUGUUUUGUUACUAUAACUAUUGGCUGUCAAUCAUUAAAUUAUGGUGCAUUUAUAUUGAUUGAAUUUUGAUGUUAUAUUUUUAAAGUGCAAUAUGUAUGAAUUUUCCAAAGUAUGUCUAUAUAUUUAUUAAUAUUUAUAUUUGUAUUAUGACCCCAUUAAAAAUCAAAAUAA